AUGUGGUUUAUUUGGAAGGAGAGAUGUGAUAGAGUGUUUGAAGAAAAAUUUAAAUCUGCUACUAAUCUUGCUUUAGAGAUACAAAGAUAUGUUGAUUUUUGGUCUACUAAAAAAAGAAAAAGUGCUAAACCCUCUCAGGCAAAAAGGAAGAACUUGAUUCCCGUUUGGAAGGCUCCAAGCAAAGACAAUCUAAAGAUAAAUGUAGAUGCAACCUGGAUUUCAGAGGCUUUACCAUAUACUUAUGCAUUAAUCUUGAGGAAUGAUACAGGAGACUGCCAGGGAGGAAGAGCAGGGCACUCAACCGGGUCAGAUCCACAAGAGGCAGAAGCUAUAGGCGUCCUGCAAGCGGAAAUUUGGGCUAAAGACAACCAGAUCCAAAGAUUCAGCAUUGAAGGAGAUUGUGAAAGUCUAUUCAAUUACAUUCUAGGUAAAAAAGAAGAUAUCUUGUGGCGUGCCAAAGCCUAUAUCAAUGAAGCAAUUAGAAUAGCUUCUUUUUGCACCAACUUUUUGGGUUUCUUUUAUGUCCCUAGAUUAGAAAAUCAAGUUGCAGACAUUUUGACCAAAUUUGUUAGGCCUUUAAUUUCCACUGUUGAAUGGGAAUUAUCCUCUCCUGCAUGUACUCUAAGGAAACUCUUUGUAGAUAAACCUAAUAUUGGGGUCACUCAAAAUCCCAUAUUAGAUGGCUCUACCUCUAUUGUAAUCUCGGCUCCAUUGGAGUCUUAA